ACUCACGUUUCUCUUUCUUCCUGUCUGGCUGGAAAGAUGGCGUCCCGUAAGGAAGGCGCCGGCUCUACCGCCACCUCUUCCAGCUCCACCACCGGCGUGGUAGGGAAGGGCAAAGGCAAAGGCGGCCCUGGAGAUUCGGCCGUGAAGCAAGUACAGAUAGAUGGCUUGGUAGUAUUAAAGAUAAUAAAACAUUAUCAAGAAGAAGGACAAGGAACUGAGGUUGUUCAAGGAGUGCUUUUGGGCCUAGUUGUAGAAGAUCGGCUUGAAAUUACCAACUGCUUUCCUUUCCCCCAGCACACAGAGGAUGAUGCUGAGUUUGAUGAAGUCCAGUAUCAGAUGGAAAUGAUGCGGAGCCUUCGCCAUGUAAACAUUGAUCAUCUCCAUGUGGGCUGGUACCAGUCUACGUACUAUGGCUCGUUUGUCACCCGGGCGCUUUUGGAUUCUCAGUUCAGUUACCAACAUGCCAUUGAAGAAUCUGUUGUUCUUAUUUAUGAUCCUAUAAAAACUGCCCAAGGCUCUCUCUCUUUAAAGGCAUACAGAUUGACUCCUAAACUAAUGGAAGUUUGUAAAGAGAAGGAUUUUUCCCCUGAAGCAUUGAAAAAGGCAAAUAUCACCUUUGAGCACAUGUUUGAAGAAGUGCCGAUUGUAAUUAAAAAUUCACAUCUGAUCAAUGUCCUAAUGUGGGAGCUUGAGAAGAAGUCAGCUGUAGCAGAUAAACAUGAAUUGCUCAGCCUUGCUAGUAGCAAUCAUUUGGGGAAGAAUCUACAGUUGCUGAUGGACAGAGUGGAUGAAAUGAGCCAAGACAUAGUAAAAUAUAACACAUACAUGAGGAAUACUAGUAAGCAACAGCAGCAGAAACAUCAGUAUCAGCAGCGUCGUCAGCAGGAGAAUAUGCAACGUCAGAGUCGAGGAGAACCCCCACUCCCUGAGGAAGACCUGUCCAAACUCUUUAAGCCACUUCAGGCUCCUGCCAGGAUGGAUUCGCUACUCAUUGCAGGCCAGAUUAAUACUUACUGCCAGAACAUCAAGGAGUUCACCGCCCAAAACUUAGGCAAACUCUUCAUGGCCCAGGCUCUUCAAGAAUACAACAACUAAGAAAAUGAAGUUUUCAGAAAAGGAGUAUCGUGGACACUUGAGAUUACUCUAGGGCAACAUUUGGAAGAAUUUGUAUUUGCAUAUUGAAAAGCACAGAGGAUUCCUUGCUGUCUUUGGCUAUAAUGUCUUUCUAACUAAUAAUAAAUUAAAAAAAAAAAAAAGAAUCAACUGCUUGUUCAUUUGGUUUCACACAUAUUUUAUCUAUCCUGUUUUUACUUUGUUUAUAGUUGUCUAUUUCCAUAGAUAAAACACGUCCUCCAGCAGGUUCAGACCUGCAAGCUCUACUACUUUGCUCCUCUCAAGUGCUACAUUUUGGCCACAUGGUCCGGGGCUGCCUAUUCCAUCUCCCAUCUGGAGACCCUGGCACCUGCAGUGAAUUUUUAUACUUCCUGGUUUCCAGAUGCUUCCCUGAAUCCCAGGUUUUAUACACUUGCCCUGACACUCUUUGUCUCCGGGAUGGGAUCACUUGUCUCAUUUCUCCCAUUAGUCUAUCUUUUUAUUCUUCAAGAAACCAUUUCCAUACUCAUAGAAUAUGCACAGGAAUAUUUUUUAAAAAUUGUUUCACCAGAGGACCAUGUUUUAUAAGAAAAUGAGAUUCAUUUUGUAUACAUUAUUAUAUUUAGGAUUUCAUAUCUUUUCAUAACACAAAAUACAGUUCUGCUAACAGCAAGUGUUGUGAAUGGGGAAGGAGAAAUUGGUAGGACAGUAGUACAUUGAAAAAGAUAUAAUAUUAUAUUUGAAAGAUUAUUAAAGAUCCCAUGUUUUUGUAACAAAAUUAGGUAGAUACACUAGCUGGUGGGGGUGCCGUUUAUAAGACUGUCAGAUGGCAGUUCUUGAGGCAGAUUAUCAAAAAAGGAAUGGAUAAAGAGUAAGGAAAGUUAAGAAAUCCUUAUUUUCAACAUUGUUUUAAAGAUAACACUAAGGCUAUAGGAUCAUGAAGCUAGAUUGAAUUGUUUAACUUCUCUGUUGCUUAUCCACAUGAGAUGAAAAUAUUACUUUAUGGGAUGGUUCUGAGCAUUAAGUUCACUGAAGGUUGGGAUACAGCAAGUAGGACAGUAGUUGGUGCAUAGCAGGUAUUCAUUAUAUAUUCAUGACAAGAGGCACAUGCUAGGCAAUCCAGGUUAUGGGGUUAUUUGUUGGGUCUUGCUUUUUUUUUUUUUUUAAAGCUUGGGUCAUGAAUGUUCUAGAUUCUAAGUACUUGCUCACUUACAUAAUUAUUUUCCUAGUAUAAAUUUAUAGAAGCAGAUUUACUGGUCCAAGAAUAUAAAAUUUUAAGGCUUUUUACUUAAAUUGCCUUCAAGAAAAAGUCUGUUGGGGCUGAGGCUGUUGGGGCUCAGUGGUGAAGCCUUUGCCUAGCGUGAGGGAGGUUCUGGCCUCACCCCCUAGCAGUGCAGUAAACAAAACAAAACAAACCCCCCCCCCCAAAAAAAAAAAGGAAAAAAGAAAGGCUCUCCUGAUUUGCACUCCUACCUAUAAUGAUUUCUUAUCUGAGUCAACAGAGGGAAUGUAUUGAUAAACAAAACCAGAAAUAGUUCUUGCCCUUGUGGACUAUGUACUCUGAUUGGUUCAUUUCCCUCCAUUCUAAUUUCCUGGAUUCAGAAUUUUAUUUUAGAGUUAAAGCACUCAAGAGAGAAAAAUAGAAUGAAAGUCGGUUCAAAUGUAACCUUAAUUACUAUUUUUCUCAUGGUGUGAGAGUAAUUUUUACAGCUGAUUCAAUUAAUGUUUUCUUAAAGUUGUGAUUCUUUUUAUGAUACCUUAAGAUUGUCUAGAUUCCUAUAACUCAGUAAUGUCUGAGUACACGCUUAAUGGAUGAUUUCAGUAAUUUUUGAUUAGAAAUUACGAAUGUGGGAAAAACUGCCAAGAAAAACAUCAGUGAAAAUUAAAUUGCCACAUAUUGUAUGUAUUCUUACAAAAUAGCUUUUGUUCAGCAUUUGAUUUGAGUGUUAUAUUCUGACAUCUUUCAGGGAAAAAUACAUGUGGUUCAUCUUCUAUACAUAUUUGCAGUUGUUUUUUUUCAAGGUGAAAUGAGAAAAUCUCAUGAACCAAGUACUAGGUCUAAUAAGUCAUUCACUUAUCUAAGAGAAAAAGGCAAGAACAACUAAAUGGGAGAUUGAGUGUUAAGAACUAAGAAUAUAAAACACAUUCGAUAGUAACCCUAUAAUCAUUAUAAUACUUUACAAAAUGUUAGAAAACAGCAUUUUUUUAAAAGUUUUCAGUGGAUACAACAUCUUUAUUUUUUCAUGUGGUGCCGAGGAUCGAACCCAGCCCCCCACGUAUGCCAGGCGAGCGCACUACCACUUGAGCCACUUCCCCAGCCCCUAGCAUUGUCUUAAUCUUAAAUGAAACUAUCUAAGAGAAUACACCUGCUUUAGCCUACUUGAAAUGCCCUGUUUUUAAAAUUCAUUUUCAAAUUUAUAUAUGCUCAGAUUAUAAAUGUUCAUAUUUAUAGGACACAAGGGUGAAAUACAAUGCAAAAUGACCAAAUCAAGCCAAUAAUGUGUCACCUUAAACAUUUAACAGGAGAACAUUUGAGAUCCACCCUUCUGGUGAUUGAAUUAUAUAAUAUUCAGCUAUUAGCUGGAUUCACCACACUGAGUAAUAUCUAUUAAAACAACAACAACAACAACAAAAUCCCUGACUGAGACUUUUGUGCCUAUGGCUUUGGUUUUCCUAUUCUCUAUUCCUCAGCUUCUGGUAACCACCAGUCUGCUGAGUUCAGUUGUUUUGGAUUACAAAGACAAGUAAGAACACGUAGUAUUUGUCUUUCUAUGUUGCUUUAUCUUAUAAAGCAUAUGUGCACUGAUUCCAUUCAUGUUUGCAAAUGAUAGGAUCUCUUCCUUUUUUAAGGAAUUUUUUUGUUAAGUAUUCCAUUGUGUAUAUUUACCACAUUUUUCUCUGUCCAUUCAUUCAUUCAUGGACUUUUAGAUUGAUUCCAUAAUGUGGCUAUAGCAUAUAAUGCUAUAGUGAACAUGUGUGGGCAGAUCCCUCCUCAACAUACUGAUUUCAAAUAUUUUGGGUAAGUACCCAGAAGUAGGAUUGUUGUAUCCCCUUAUUCUUUUAAUAUGAAUGUAAACUUAAAAGUUUCCUUCUAUUUUUGGAAGCUUGGAAGUUGAGAUAUGGUUAUCUAAUAUUAAUUAAUGGAGCUUGAUGUUUCUCAUAGCAUCUACAUAUUUAAAUGUUUGUAUCUUCUAAAAUGCUACUACAUUGUACUGCUAUGGUUUUGUAACAGCCUUUAGAAAGCUUUUGUCAACUUCUCUUUCAAACCAUGUUGGCAUUGAUUCUGGUAUAUGGAUACCAGAAUGUUAUGUUUAGGGGAAAAAUAAAAUGCUUAUUUUAAUUGUAAAGUAAACAUUUCUCAAAUUAUGUAAUA